AUUGACCUCUUUAGGUCACUCUCUUCGCAUUUCAAUAAUGUACUUCUUCACUUCGCUGCAAACCUCUUCGCCCAUCACUACCGUCAAAUAACAGUCAACUCUAUUCACAAUGAGUACCUCGUCUCCAGGAGCGCAGGAAACUGCGUCACAUCAUUCCGAGAAUCCAUCGAGGAAUGGUAAUGACUCAGGUGUGGUUUCUGAACCGGCUGCGCAAGAUGAAUACGUCUACGUUGCGGAUGGCUACAACUUGAUUCGGCGCAUCAUCUUCAUUAUGACGGUGUGCUCAUCCAUGUUUACCAAUCAGUUGGGCCUAUGCAACAGCCUCUCGACGCUCGAGAUAAUCGGAGACUCAUUCGGUGUCACCGCGCCUGGUCAACUGUCGUGGACAGUAUCUGGCUAUGGCUUGACUCUAGGCACAUUCGUCUUGAUCGGAGGACGAUUGGGGGACGAGUUUGGCAACAAGGCAAUCUUCAUCAUCGGUAUGGGCUGGCUUGCUUUAACUAGCAUGAUGGCAGGAGUCUCUGUCUAUUCCAGCUGGCCCGUCUUCGUCCUUGCUCGUGUCUUGCAAGGCCUUGGUCCCGCCUUGACUGUGCCUAAUGCACUCGCCAUCUUCGGCAAAUCCUUCUCCCAGGGUCCUCGAAACAUGGGGUUCGCAUGGUUUGCUGCAUCAGCCCCAGUCGGUGCAAUGGCGGGUCUCCUCUUUGGGGCCCUCUUCGCCAUGGCGUGGUGGCCAUGGAUCUACUGGAGUCAGGCUUUUGGAGUUGCCUUUCUCUUCGUCCUCGCUAUGUUUGCAAUUCCAAACAUGCCUAUUGAGGAUGAGCAUAAACAGCGACGAACGAUUCGCGAAACCUUGGACCGCCUUGAUAUCCCGGGAGGUGCCAGCGGUGUGACAGCUCUGGUCCUGUUCAACUUCGCCUGGAAUCAGAGCCUGGUUACUACGUGGGACGAACCUUACGUGUACGUGUGCCUGAUCUUAAGUUUUGUAUUUCUGGCGGCAUUCCUUUACAUCGAGAUCCGCCUAGCUCGCUAUCCAAUCCUACCGGUCGCCGUUCUCACUUCCGACAUCGCCUUCGUCUUUGGUUGUACAGCAGCGGGCUGGUCCACGUUUGGUAUCUGGCUUUUCUACGUCAUCCGAAUAUGCCUUAACAUCGGUGGCCAAACUCCUAUUCAACUGGCUGCAUGGUUAUCUCCUAUCCUCGUCACCGGCAUAUCAACAGCAUUAAUUGUUGGCAAAAUAAUCACCAAGGUUCCAGCCCCGUUCAUCAUGUUGUUUGCAAUGCUUUGCUACUUCCUCACUUCCCUUCUCAUGGCCUUGCGACCCGUACACUCGAUUUACUGGACCUACUUCUUUUUCGCCACCAUCAUCGCCACCUUCGCAAUGGAUUCAUCGUUGCCUGCUGCCACGAUCAUCUUCUCGAACGCAGUGCCUCGUCAGUACCAGGGUAUGGGAUCCAGUGUGAUCAUGACCAUCGUUGUCUACAGUAUCUCGCUAGGUCUUGGUUUCGCGGGUACCAUUGAGCUUCAGAUAAAUGAUGGCGGACACACGAAGGCAGAGUUGCUUCAUGGUUACAGGGGUACGCUCUGGUUUUCCGUCGGGCUGACAGCCUUCGGCACUGUUCUCGCUCUUGUCUUCCUCCUCAAAGACCAGAGAAGACGACAAUUGGCUAAGAAACAAGAGGAAGAGGAGAAGACUGAUUCAACGGAGGCUUGAAUGGUUGAAGGAUUGAUCAGAAGCUCAGAAGACAGAGGUGGAAUGACUAGAUGAGAGUCGAGGGCAGUUUGAGAGAUUGAUCGCAAGUGGAUUAUACAUUGAGGCUAUAGACUGGCAGUACUUAUGGAUUGUGCACAGACUCCCGCCCCUCCCGGUCGCCAGGUGACGAAUAUUUCCAGGGCCUGGUCAGAACCGCUAAUAACUCCUAGGAAAGCUGGGUUACAUUACUACUAUUAUCUAAUAUAUUUGAUUUUGCCUGUUCUAGCUUGAGGAGACCUUUGGCUCAAAAUUUUGGGGUUAAGCUAUCUUCCCAAUCAACUAUCAGCAGAG